GGGCUUCCUGAAAUGAAAAAUAAUAAAACAAAACAAAACAAAACCCAACCCUCAUGGCUCCACCUCAUGAGAGAAGAAGACCACAGACUGACAGACAUUGAAAUCAUAAAAGUGGAUACUACAUUUUGCCAAGUCAUUGGACCCUGAGCUCACUUGCAGUGCAAAGAACGCCAUGCAGGAUGAAGACGGAUACAUGACCUUAAAUUUCAAAACUCGAAAACCAGGUCUCCCAACAGUGGAACCUGCUUCUUCAUCAUUGUGGCGUGUGAUGGCUUUGGUGCUGCUGUUCUUGUGUAUUGCACUGGUUGUUGGGCUUGUGGCUCUGGGGGUGAUGUUUGCCACACAGCAAAACUGCAUACAAAUUGUGAAUAAAAGCCUCCCAGGAACUCCACAACAGUUAACAAAGCUGUCCUCCCAAGAUUUAAGAAAACAAUCAAAAGAAAAGGAUGAUUUCAGGCAUAAGAACAUCACAUGUGCCCCAAACUGGAGACUCUAUGGAGAUAGGUGCUAUGGGUUUUUCAGGCAGAACUUAACCUGGGAAGAGAGUAAGCAGUACUGUAUCAAUAGGAGUGCCACUCUGUUGAAGAUUGACAGCCAGAGCAUACUGGGAUACAUCAAAUCUAGGACUUCAUUAAUUCGUUGGGUUGGAUUGUCCCGCCAGAACUCCAACAAAGUCUGGAAGUGGGAAGAUGGCUCAGUUGUCUCCAAAAAUAUGUUUGAACUUUCUGAAAACGCAAGAGAAAACAUGAAUUGUGCUUAUUUUCAUAAUGGGAAAAUUCAUCCUACCUUCUGCCAGAACAAACAUUAUUUAAUGUGUGAGAGAAAGGCAGCCAUGGCAAAGGCGGGCAAACAACUUUAAUGCAGAAAGAUGGGUAGGAUGUCACAGACAAGUGUUUGAUUGUGUAAUAAAAGAUCUGGAUGAAAGCAUCACUAGCCAUAAAAUUACUUAUUUUUCCCUUUAUUCCCCUUGGAGUCAUCUUUACAUUAUAUUUUUUACCAAUACCACUUAGUCCUUUCUUUAUGCAACCCAUUAUACUGAAGGAUUACUAAGUCUCCUUUUUAUACGUCCAAAAGAUUCCAGAUUCCUCUCCCUUUUUAUUAAUUUUCUUCUUGCCUUCCAUUUCUAAUUAUCUCAAGAUUUUAUGACUCACUACAUCUUCAGACAUAAACACAUACAUUUUAAGUUGGAACAGGAAAAGUUAGGCUUAGUUGACUUAAGCUGCAAAAAAGAUUCAAGUUUGAAAACUAUAUAAAAUAUCUAAGUUUGAAAGCACAAGGUAGUGGAAAGAAUAGGAAACUUGUAAUCUGUAGAAUAAUUUAGAUGGUGUGAUCACUUACUUAAAGUGCAACCAUGUAGUCUCUUUAACUUCCUUUUCCUUAUAUUUAAAAUAAGAUAAUCCCUAGCCGAUAUACCUCACAGGUCUACCACAUAAAACUUCAGAGCAUCAACUGUGUCAGAAACUCCACGAAGGCAGACACCAUGUCUUUCCUAUCCGCUCUCCUAUGCCCUACACCAAGAACAGUUUCUGCCUCACAAGGAACAGAAAGAUAUUUGAUUCUCAUGGUGUGAGAUAAUUCAUUGCAAAGCACCACAAUCAGUAAAACACUACACAAAUACAAUUUCUAUUACAAGUGUAACCCUAGUAAGACUCAACAGCAGUGAUUUUUUUGUGCAAAGAAGGAAUAUAAAGUUUGCAAGAGGCCUGAUGGGGGUUUAAAAUGAGUAAAUGGUUCUUAACAAAGCCAUAGGCUAAGAGACAGAACAGCCAGUCAAAAUACUUUAUCUAGUUCUUUUCCUGAGAGUUCUAUACUUGG